AGCAGCACACGCCGAUUUUUUUUUUAAUUUCUUCAUUCGCAAGUAAGCUGAUCGGUGACGUCGUCCCGCUUCCUCCGACCCCGACAUGGCGAUGGCGGCGGCGACGGGCGGCGUCGAUGUGCUCGGCGACGACCUCCUCCGCGAGAUCCUCCUCCGCCUCCCUUCCCCCGCCGCGCUCGCGGGCAGGUCCUUCCUCCGUGCGGCCCGCGACGCCGGCUUCCUCCGCCGCUUCCGCGCUCGCCACCACCCGUCGCCCCCGCGCCUCCUCGGCUUCCUCUUCGUCGUCCCGGGCACCACGCCGCCGGUCCUCCUCUCCGUCGCCUCCGCCUCCGGCAAUCCCCCGGCGGGGGACUUCUCCCUCUCGUUCCUCCCCGGCGGCGGCUGGGGCUCCGCCGAGUGGGAGCUCCUGGACUGCCGCGACGGCCUCCUCCUCCUGCUCCACAACCACGGCGCCGACAUGAAGCUCGCCGUCGCCGACCCGUCGAGACGCGCCUGCUACCCCUUCGACUUGCCCACCGCCGACAUCCCCGUCUUGUACGGCCUCGCCGCCGCCAAAUCGGCGUCGUUCCGGGUGGUCUGCAUCGCGCGGAGCCUCGACUCCACCACGCUGCGCGCGCUGGUGCUCUCCUCCGACGAGCCCUACCACUGGGAGGAGGUCAACGCCAUCCCGUGCGAGGAGGAGGCCAGCAUCGUCUACGCCGCGCGGCCGAUGAAGGCGAAGACGUCGCUGUACUGGAAGCUCGACGACGGGACGCGCAUGGCGGCGUUCGACGCGGCGCCGGGGAAGAUGAAGCUCUCGAUCCUCGACCUCCCGCCAUUCCCCGCGACGCUCGCCUUCGACGUCAUCGACACGGAGGACGACGACGACGGGCUCCGCGUGCUCGCCAUGAGCGACGACUUCUGCCUCGAGACCUGGAAGCUCUCCUCCGCCGCCACCGCUGCCGCCAUCGACGACGACGAGGAGGAGGAGACUCCAUGGACGCUCGAGGACACCUCGGUGAGGUUCUACAGGGCGCUGGAAAGCAUGCUCGGCGAGCGAAAGCUGAGCGACCGCCACCGCCGCCGCCGCCGCCGCGGCUACGAGUUCGAGAUCGUCGGAGUGGUCGACGGCUUCUUCUUCUUCCGCCAAUCCGGCGUCCUGCUCUCCAUUGAUCUCAAGACCAUGGAGCUCACAAGGCUAUCGGAGCAGGAUUGCUCGCCGGCGACGAUCUACCCGUACACCAUGGCGUGGCCGCCGUCGUUCCUGAAUCCUACCGACUAGGUGCCCGAUGAUCAAAUCGUUCCAAAUGAAUACUGAAUCCUGAUUUGUCAUUUCAAACAUUCGAAUGAAAUUUGUGGCGGUUUUUGCUUUCAACAUUUGGAAUUAGUUUUUCCCCUUCUGUUGUAAUUCUCCUGCUAUUUUUCGUGACUCUCUCUUGCCAUUUUUCUGGCAUUGAAUUCAAGCAGUAGUAAAAAUGGAGAGGAUCUUCGUUCGAUUAA